UAAAGGCACCCCAUUCCUCUUUUAAAAUAAACACAGGGGACUUUGAAUAAAACAUUCUGUAAACCCAAACCAGAACUAAGCUAACUUAGGGAACUCAGUCAUUUUCACAAAACAAAUAUUUCCCCCAAAAUUACUUGGUUAACCAACACAUAUAGGAACAAAGUGUUUAUUUCCCAAAACAGUUUAACUGAAUACACAAUCUACACAUUGCUUCAGGUCCCUGCUAAAGAUAAGUCAUUUUGGAAAUUGAGGAGUGCCUUCCUGCCUAGGCAGCUGAAGUCCAGGUCCCUGUGGAUGACUGUGGUGCCCGUUAUGCCAUCCCCUCCCCAAUCUGUGCCACAGGAUUUGACGUACCUACUCCCUGACAACUGACUGUCACAAUGCCAAGCCUGACCCUGGCCCUUGCAUUUGCUGUUCAGCGCAAAUGCAGAGAUUGGCUAUUAAUCCUGUAAACAGGCCUCUGCCCUCCCCGGGCCCCAGGCUAAUAGCUGGCGAGCAGUGGAAAGCAGAACUGAUGCAGAUUGAGAAGUGGGGGCACGUUCGAGUGUCCUAGUUUAGCUGUGCCCAACUCCACGAAUAGUCCUGGGUUGAGCACAGGCGAAGGCUUGGAACCUUGAGAGGCAAAACUAUUCCUACCCCCUGCUCGUUCGUAGGCCCACAGAUGCUGCACUGUCCCCUUAGCUGGGCCCCCUCUCAUGGGCCUCCUGGGAGGAGAGAGAACCACCUAGGGGUAGGUGUGCCCCACCCAAACCUGCCUCCAUCUGGAGUGACGCAGCCCUGGUGCCCAGGUGUGUGGAUGAGGACGGCUCCAUCCAACCCAGUUUAACAGUGGGGCAAACAAGCCCUCAGGCCCUCAUCGUCUCCCCCAGACCUUUACACUUUGCUGGGCUCCCCACUUAGGCUGCCAACUGUGUGGCACUCAGGGUCCCCCAGGCAUUGCCCCCUCCAGGCCACAGUUCCCUUUUUGGAUCAGAGAAGACUAAGGGCUGUGUAGGCCAAAGGGCAGGAGCUUGAGGAUGUAGCCUGGGAAGUGGGAAGAUGAUUCUUUAGGGCCUGGCCAAGCUGGAGCAGGAAUCUUACCACAUCAGAUCCCUGGGAAGGCAGGGAGAGGGAGCAAUCUGUCGGUGACCUAGGGUCACUGGCUAAAAAUACACCAGGAACAUACACUGGUAAGGGGAGGGUGUUGGGUGUCAGGCUACUCCCCUUCCCUCUUUGAGACGUCACUGGAGUGUGUGGACCAGGAACAGGGUGGAGUCACCUGAUCAAUAAAUCCCAGAGCUGGCUGUCUGGGGUUCCUGUUGUCGCCUGGAGGAGCCACCUCAAGGAGCCACCUCAUCCAGAGCUUUCCCGUGGUGAGUGAAGAAGCUGCUCUCCCCUAGGACUGGGGCUCCUGGCUGGAAGUCUGUCCUGGGUGUGUGGCACACUGUUCCUCUUCUCCCUCCCAAGUUCCUCUACCCAUGAGCCAUGUCCCUGGGUGGGAGUGGGGGUUGAUGAGGGGAGAACACCUUUCCCUUUACCCCCAAUGCUGUUCUUGUGCCUGCUGCCUCUAGUUAAGGAGGGACAAGGGGUGGAAGCACUUGCCCUUGUCACCAUCAGACAUCCAUUCCACAUCCUCACCUGCCAUGAAUGAGAGAUGACAAACUACAGAGAACAGAGGCAGCGUGCCAUGCACCAGGUGCCCCAAAUGCCCACACAUUGCUGCUACUCUUGGGUAACUCCCCUUACCGGACUCUGUUCCUCUUCCCAACCUUCUCCCACUACUGGAAUCUCUGAAGGAAGAAGGGGUAAACCUGAUGGACUCAGGGGGACCCUCAGCUGGCAAGGCUGGGAACCCCCAGGGGGCUCUAAAAAGGCUAGUUGCCAGGAGCCUUUGGGGUGCAGAUCCCAGAGCUCUGGGAUGAGGAGCAGUGGCAGAAGUAGGAAGGGCAUUAGGAAACACUAAAGCUGCCCCUGAAGUGCCUGUUGUCCAGGGAGCCCCUGAAAGAAAAGGGGGGGAGGUAUAGAUGGCAGUGUCUCUUCUUAAGUGCUGUCCACUCUCCAUGGGAGCAGCCCUGCCAUGGCCAGCUGCAGACUAGGCUUUCUGCUACUGCUGCUGCUCACCGUCCACCCUGGAUCCUCGAAGGCGCAGCACUGGUCCCAUGGCUGGUACCCUGGAGGAAAACGAGCUUCCAGCUCAGCCGAGCACCCCCAGCAGGCCCCAAGGCUCCUAGGACGGGUCCUGGGCACUGCAGCAAGCAGCCCAGACCAGACUGCCCAAACCCUUCCAAGCAACGCCCUGGCUCCCCCUGAGAACAGUGUGCCCUGGGAGAGUAGAACCACAGGCUGGUGGCCCCUCCACUGGAAGCAGCACCUGGUGCAGACACUGCUGGUAAGUAUAGGGAGGGGCCGGGCAUGGCCCAGUAGGGGCCACUGCGUCUAAGGACUUGGGGCAGCUGUGUGGACAGAAGAGGGGGAUAACAAGGCAACACUGACACACUCCAUGCUAAGACACCCCAGGCACACACAGAAGGAUACCAUCUGCUAUCCUUCCUGUUUCUCAGAAUUCUAGACAGUUUAUAUUUAUGUAAAGGAUUAGAAGUCACUAGUGAAGUGGAGAUGAUUGUACUGAAAACCUUCAUAAAUAAGACUAGCUGUAGUGGGGUCCUCCAGACUUCUUCCUUUGUCAAGAGAAGGCAGUGUUUCUAGAUGUGGGCAGGCCCUCAGUGGAAAGAGGUGAGGGGCGUGAACUUCAACUAAUAGGAGGGCACCAAGAACCAGGUGGUCACUGACAUGCACUAGGAAUGACAGUGAUUGCAGAAGAUAGGUGUGCAGAGAUGGAUUAUUACUACUUCGCAAAUUUAAAGUGCACUAGGAGAGCGGUUAACGGAAGAAGUUGUAAAUUCCUAUAAGGCAAAAACUUAACCACUUAAAUGAGUCAGUGUGAGCUCAGCACACCUUAACCAGGUGUGUUAAGGGUGAACAACGCCCAGGAAGCUACAGAGCCCGCAGCUGGGUCGUCUAGCUGGCAGGGGCAUCAGUCUGGCGGCAGCGUCAUCCCCCGCAAAACCAGGUUGGGAGGGAUGGGGGCGGAUAAGGUCGCAGCUGGGCGGCCAGGUGACCAGGGCAUCAACUAUCAUGACCAACCCCUACCCCCUGCAGAACGGACGUAGAGCGCCGCACCCUGUCGCCCUCCAAUAAAGAUGUGAAGUAACAGAAGCUGCUGCCUCGAGUUCUCUCCGUCCCCUCCCUCGCCCAACCCCACUAAGACCCUACCCUGCAUGGGGUUGGAGGGGCGUGGGCCUGGCCCGCCGGCGAGAGGGACACGGGAGGGGUGGGGCGGGGUAGUGCAGACCCCGCAGGGUGGGAGCAGCCAGAGCCCGUGGGCCUGGGGCGGAAGCGCCGAAGUCCGCAGACACGCGACCCUCGAGCGGCCCCCGGGGCCGGGGGCGGGGGGGGGCGGGAAGGCAAGGCCUGUGGACUACAUGUCCCGUGGCGCUCCGCG